AUGUACUUGAAGCUAUUUGUGUGCGCCAUUAACGAGGUCAUUGAGCCCAAACAGUCGGCAGAAGCUCUGUCAAAGACAACGGCAGCAGUUGGAAAAUUGAAAACAUUUGCAGACAGCAAAUAUGAGAUACGCGGUGUUGCUGGUGAACCAAAUUACAAAUCGGUGAAUCUGACCUGGGAAGUUGAGUUCGUGACGUCGGCCCAUGACACAGAUACCAAUAAUAGGAAUGCCAAUGGGCCAAUGAAUGUGGAUGUGGACGUGACAAAUAUGAGCAAUGAUGUGGAACCACCCAGAGCCUUUCAGAUCUUCUACUGUGAAAUGCAGAACUAUGGACCACAGCGUUGUCGCGUCAAGUUGGUGAACGGCACCGCCGCCGAAUUGCCCGAACUGGAUGCCGACACUCAAGUGCAACACUUUGCGGCAGCUGUGGACAAUUUAAGAAUGGCCACCAGAUACAGCUUCCACAUACGUCCCAUGCAACAACGACGCCUACGCAGCAGCAGCGCCCGCGCCGAGUUCCAUGAUGAGAACGAGAUUGAAAGUGCGGGGAGCAGCACGGGGACACAUUUGGCUGGUCAGAGCAUCAUUAUACCCACCAAGGGCUUCUCGGCUCAUGCCACACAAUGUCUGGCGCAUGCCUCAGAGAUUGAAGUGGAAACUGGUCCAUAUUUUGGUGGUCGCAUUGUCGUUGAUGGCGGCGACUGUGGCAUCAAGGGAAAUGCCAAUGAUCCCGCCGAUAAGUACACCAUGCGUAUUGAUCACAAGCUUUGUGGCAGCAUGGUUAAGCCGGAGACAAACACCGUGGAGACUUUUAUCACAGUGCAAGAGAAUCUGGGCAUCUUUACACACAGCACGAGACGCUUUGUGGUGGUCUGCAGCUAUCAAUCGGGCAUACAAACAGUGCGUGCCAGCUUCACAGUGCCCGGCAAGAACGCGGGCGUUGCAGCUGCCGUGGAGCCCAAUGAUCCCUUCCAGCCGGAUGACGAACGUUUGGGCCGAGAACUGCGACACAUGCGCUAUGUGAAUAAAAGCGAACUGGUGCUCAAGGAAUCAGAAUCGGAGUCAACGGAACAGGCUGCUGUGGUCAGGGAAACAAAGGAAAUGGAGGCGGAGCAAGAGCAGCAACUGGAGGAGGAGGAGGAAGAAGAGCAACAACAGCCGGAGCAACAAAAACCACUCACUGCCAAUCGUCAGCAGGGACGUGCUUUGAGCCUCUCCAGCCUCAAUGAUGUGAACAACUUGGCCGAAUCGGAGGUGGAGGUGGAGGCGCCGGCACAGGGCCGACUGUUGGAGCAGCUGAGCACAAAGUAUGCCAAACUGGUUGUGGAUCAGGGACCAGGGCAUGGCUACAAUGGAGCUACCUGGACGUCCGCUCGGACCAAGGCGGAUGCAUAUGAUGAUGAGUUCUAUGCAGCCUCUCUGCGUUAUAUAAGCGCCAAUCUGGGCAGCGUGCUGGUAACUGUUUCCAUAUCUGUGAUAAUCAUCAGCAUUUGCAUCGUUCUGUUGCAACGUCAACGAUUGCGCCCCAACAAGAGGCAAUCGCAUUUGGCAUCAUCUCUUGCCUGCCCCCCCGCCGCACAUCUGCCGCACAAGACGCUGCCCCGUGCACUGCAGCAUCAGCAAUAUCAGUGCACCUUGUAGACACCAACCUUCAACCGUCUUCGACUCCGUAUCCACCUUCACCUUCACCAUCACCAUCACCUCCAUCUGCAUCUCGUGCUCGUGCAACAGCCGUGUGGCAUGCAGCUAACUAUGCCCACUUGUCUUGCUGAAUGCAACACAAAACAACGUUGCCCCCUGGCAACUCUGGCUAACCCAUUUAGCUGAAGACGACUGGGCAUAGCUGGGCCAGUACUCGUACCACCUUCACCUUCAACAUCACCAUUCCCUUCAACACUCUCCUCCAUUCUCCAAUUGAAGACUCAGCCAACGGUACUCACGGGAUCGACUGCGGCAAUAACAGCGGUUCUAGCCCACAUGAAUUUUGUCUCGUACUGGCGUUUAGCAAAAGCCGUAAUUUAUGCAAAUUUGCAACAACAACAUAUACUUAAUUUUAGACUAUUUCUCUUAGCUGUGCAAAUUUGAUAUGAUUCUAGUAUUUAGUAUAUUUGGAUUUA